AUGGUGCCGCGCCGAGGUUGGCUCUGUGCCUUGCUGAUCUUCGCUCCUUUGGCGCUGCCCAGGCCUUGCGGCUUUCUGUCGCUGCGACGUGACCCGCGGACGGUCGCGGCGUCCACCGCGCGGCGGAGCGGAGAGGCGUCGGCACUCGAGCAGCGUUGGAACCACUUCGACACGACAGAGGACUGGAAAGGCCACUCGCGACGAACUCGGAGAUGGCUAUUGGCUGGAGGAGGCGCCUGCUUGGCCCUUCAAAUGGCCACCUUGGCCAGGGCUGAAUCCGAAGUGGACGUUUAUUUCGGCACUGGCGCCUUUGCCCGGCUACAGCACGAGCUGGUCAUGAAGGAGGCUUUGGAGUUGGGCCGACGGGAAGGGGAUAUCACUGCCUUAGCCGGCUAUGCGGGCGGCAAGAAGGCUGGGCCUUUAGAACGCUUGUGCUACACGGGCCUUCUGGGGGCACCGGAUCAUGUGAGCUUAGGACAUGCACAGGUAGUGCGCGUGACCCUGCCGCCGAGCCGCAUCGCCGAUUUUACCAAGACCUUCUUGGAUCAAGUCAAAGAGAGGAGAACGGUCCUGCAAGGUUCUCAGUACCGUGCCGUGAUCGGGCUUCGAGGUGGCAUUGACUCACCCUACUUCUCACAGGUCAGUGCGGCCUGUGAUGGUCAGGUGAAGCUGGUGAGAGGAGAGGGCAAUGAACCCGACACCUUUGGCAGCGACACCGUGUAUGUGUACGAUUCAAGAAGAUUUCCUUGGAGGCCUGCGGAGACCAGCAAUCAGUUUCGUGAUGAUCCCCCAACUUACUAUGACAGAGAUUACAAGGAAAUCUAUGAGAAGCAGAAGAGGUUGGGGAUCAUUCUUCGAACGGGCUGCCCGGGCGAGUGA